GUUCUCGGAAGUGCAAAGGAUCGAGGUUGUUUUCAGUGUACCAAGCGACGGAUCAUCUGCGACGGGGCCCAUCCCAUCUGUUUCAAGUGCCAGAAGAAAGGAAUCGAAUGCUCUGGCUUGGGACGGUUUCGCUUCUCCCCGGGCGUUGCCACGCGGGGGAAACUGAAAGGAUGUGCGAUCCCUGGACCGGAUGGGAACCAACAGCUACCGUCGGGGAACGCACUGCCGCAGAAGAUUCGGUGGAAGGAUGAUCGCCCGAAACGUUCCAGGCAGAAGGCGGAAAAGCGAUCCGCACCCGAUCACAUCCAGACGAAAGCAAGACAGGCAAACGACCCACACUAUUCUCUCCAUUCUCGGAUUCAGGAUGCGCUUUCUGAUGAGACCCCGUCGGGAUCAUCGAGGUGCUCUCAGGGCGACGCAAUCCAGCUAGUCCAGCGUUCUACCGAUUCCGUCGAAGAUAAUCGAGUACAUGAUGAUCGUUCCCAGUGGGCCUUGAGGCCGAUCACAGCCUCGUUCAUAACGCCAUCCAUUACUUCUUUGAGUCCCGAAGACCGAAUGUACCUGUCGCAUUGUACGUUACCUUCCCUUCUCAUGUUCCUGCAGCAAAACAACUGAAACUUCCUAGUUGCCAGUGACGUUGCCCCCGUCAUGGUCAUCUUUGAUCAUAUUGCCAAUGGCUACCGCGAUAUUCUCUUACCCCUCGCCUGCGAAGAUGAAGUCCUGCGCGGUGCCAUCCGAGUUGUGGCUGCUCAACACUUGGCCCUACGAGAGGAACGCUUUCGACCGGUUGCAGAAGUUGGUCGUGCAGCGAUCAUUUCCCGCCUUCGUCGUGACUCUCUACAGGCUUCGCCAGACCGCAUCUUCAAUCUAUCCACGUGGGCCACGCUGAUCGUCUUACUAGUAGGCGAAACUAUCACUGGCAGUUCCGAGUACAUUCACUUGCUCCGAACUUUACUCUCUGUGGCACCUAGCCUCUCUCACAUGACACCGACGCCAGCAUAUCAGUUCCUUGUGCAGCAAACUCAUAUGUACCAGUUCCUGGGGCAACCGCUACUUGGAGAAUCCCAGGGAAUGAAUGCCCUUGGCUUUCACGUGGAGUACUACCUCGACUGGACUUACUAUCCGCUUCCCCCCGAUUCUGAGUACAACCGCGUUCUGUGUGUAGUACGACAGGCCUUCAUUGAAGCCUCGCAGAUCUAUAUUCUCCGAGCGACCACCGACGGCGACCAGUGGGGCCGGCUGGAGCACCUGAAACAAUUGGUGUCGCGCGUCGGCCCCAGCGAACCCGGCGCACAUGCCCUGGUCUGGGUGUGCUUCAUGGCGGCCGCUGAUAGCACGGACCCAGAGCACCGGUCCUAUUUCACUGAGCGGAUGAACCAGGUGUUCGCACAGACGGGGUUCCAAAAUAUUGCCGCGGCGGUCCGAUCGUUGCCAAACAUUUGGGCGCAUCAUCCCACCGGACGCUGGACGUCAAACUUAGUCCAGCUCACUCCUACUUUAGUGAUGUGAAAUGGCAUACAUCAGCCCACUGCACUGUUUGUCAUAUACGGAUGUAUGAGGAUGUAGAACAAGCUGCGCUUGACUUCUUGCUUGUCCGAUGUGCACCCUCGUAGAAUCAUAUCGUCUCCAGUCGCCGAAAUUGACAUUUAACGUUCUUGUUGCUGGGAACUGAGAGGGAACCACGAGCUUGCCAAAGAAAACGUACAUAAUUUAAUUACAAACCCUUUACAGUAGGGUAUUAUUUGCUGUUGGGAAAUCAUGAAUAAGAUUUGGAUGUUGG